AUGUGCGAAUUAUUAAAUACAACAUUUGACAAUUUAAAUAAUUCCUAUUCUCAAUUAUCAUUGUAUGAAUAUCCAUCAUAUAAACCAUUAAAAUUAUCAAAUUAUUUACCGGAAUCAAACCGUGAUCAACUACUAUUAUCAUUACAUUCGUUAUCAUUAAAAGUCAAAACUCUUGAAAAUGAACGAAAAAAAGCUGAAUUAACUUUUCAUGAAAUAACAAAUAAAUCUAUUCGAUCAUUUAACAAUGAUAAACAACCGAAAGAAAUUCUAGAUAAGAAUGUACAAUCAUUUUCGAAAUGUCGAAUAAAUAAGAAAAAUAAUCAUAAUGUCUAUCCAACUCCAACAAUAAAAAAUAUUAAUCGUAUACCUUUUAUUCUUGGGCAAUCGACAACACCAAGUCAUAAUGUUAAAACAAAUAUACAGAAUGUUUUUGCUUUGUUAAAAAAUAAUAAGCAUCAAUUACGUUCAUCAUCAAAAGAAUACACUAAUCAUCUCCAUCUUCAUUGUAAAAAACAAUCUCUUUAUCCUGAUCAUUAUAAGAAAUCAAGAAUUAUCAAAGAUAAACAAUAUGAUAUAGGUUUAAAACAUCUAGUUAAUGAAUAUGUUAGACAUUCUCGUAAACAUUCAAAUUUCAAUUCAUUUGAAACAUUAAAUCAAAAAAUAGAAAAUAUAUUAGAAAAAUUUGAACAUUUACAAAGAGAGCAUAUGAUGUUAAGAUAUGGUCAUACAAACGAAGAAUUCAAUGAAACACCAACAGAAACUUUAGAAAGAACAAAAUUACUUCAACUUAUACUUAAAGAUUCUUUUGAUGAAGAAAAUACUUAA